CUCUCACUGUUGCUCACUCACUUGCAGGGCAGCAGUGGAUGGACACCCAGCUGCACAGAAGGCAGUUCUUCUUUCUCUGGCUACACCCUGUUUACUCUGUGUGCUUUCUUUUUUGAAGCUGCAGUUGGUUUUAAACUGUUGUCUUUAACUCACUUUGAGGAGAGGGUUCUGAUCUGUGCAGCUACACAGUACUGAUUCAGGAUGAGCGCCGCCAACGUGCAGUCCAAAAUGCAGAUGGCAAAGGAAAUCAGUGACGAGGAGAAGUUGUACAGAUACAACGGGGUGCUGUACCCACGCAUCAUGUGCCCCGAGGAUCAUCUAAAGAGUCUGGAAAACAUCACGGCCAGAGAGGAUGACAUCAUGCUGGUAGCGUAUCCCAAAUGUGGUUUUAACUGGAUGGUGGGGGUGAUUAGGAAGAUCAUUACAGAGGCCACAGGGAUGAAAACGGAAUCCAAGAUGCCGCCACUGAUCGAGUUUUUUGGACCAGAUGCCUUAAAGGUCAUGGAAGAAGCUCCCUCUCCAAGGCUUCUGGGAACUCACAUGCACCCUGACAACAUCCCCAACUCCUUCUAUGAAAAGAAGACUAAAAUGCUGGUGAUCUUCAGAAACCCUAAAGACACUCUGGUCUCCUACUAUCAUUUCUCCAACAACAACCCCGUCCUCCCAGGAGAGUCCUGGGAAUCCUUCUACUCCAACUUCAUUAGUGGGGAAGUUUCCUGGGGGUCCUAUUUUGACCACGCUUUGGCCUGGGAGAAGAGGAUGGACGACCCCAGUGUUAUGGUUGUCACCUAUGAAGAACUGAAACAGGACCUGACUGAGAGCAUCCGUCAGAUCACCACGUUCUUUGGCUUCAGCCUGACUGAGGCUCAGGUCCAGCAGAUCGCAGAGGGGAGCACCUUCAACGCCAUGAAGAAGAACUCCGCUAACUCCCAUGCCGGUGUGGGAAACAUCAUCUUCAGGAAAGGCGAGGUUGGGGACUGGAAGAAUCACUUCACACCAGAACAAAGCCAAGAGAUGGAUGAAGCCUUCAACAAGCACCUGGCAGGAACCAGGCUGGGAGCCAAACUCGACUACCAAAAGCAUUGUCAGUAGAAAGCAAGGAGGCAUGAGAAGAGGAAAAGGGAGGGAAAGUAUGUAAAAGAAGAGCUUGCGGGACUUAACUGCCCUGAUCUGAGUCCGACAACCCCCCCACCAUCUUUAACCUGAAGCAUUUAAUUGUAAGAGGAGGUUGUUGGAGGCAGUAAUCUGAAAGGAAACACUGCCUGAGAGGCUCAGUUCAGGGCCAAAAGUUCCUUAGUGACAAGCUCAAAGAAAGAAGGAAGAGAAUGUAGAAAGAGGGAUCAAGAAGGGAAAAAGUGCAUUAUGAGUUAUUGUCUUAUUCGGACCAAUAUGUUAAGUUUUGUUGCUGUACAAGUUCUACAACACAGAACAUUAAAGGAAUAGUUUAACAUUUUGGGAGAUUGAUAUCACUCUUAUAUUUGUCCUUUAAAUAUAAGAUUACAGCUCCAAGACAAGAAGGCACACAACCCACAACUGCACUUUUCCAGAUCCAGUCUUUAUGCUAAGCUAAGCUAACUGGCUGCUGGCUGUAGCUUCACAUAAGAGUGGUAUCAAUCUUCUCAUCUAAUUCUCUGCCAGAAAACGAAUUAGGGUAUUCCCCCAAAAGGUCAGACUAUUCCUUAAACACCACCAUGGGUUCAUCUGAAGUCUAGUUGGGUCCAGGGAGACAAAUAAAACCAGGGUUGAAAACCUGACAGACACCUGUUUCAAAGUUCAGUAACACAUUAAUAUUAGUUAGCAGUUAGAGAACAGAGGUUACUGGAGUUUAUGUGUGCAGCUUGCCGCCAUUUAUGUCAGUUUCUACAGACAGAACAUUAAUUGGCUUAAAGAUGGACAGGAGAGUAAGCAAAACAAACAAAAAAAAAAAGCCAUCACAGUGAGGUGUGACCUGUCAGCACCUGUUAAAGGCUGCAUGAUAGUCUCCUUUAUGUAGGAUUAAAACUUUGGUGCCCCCCAGUGCUGGCAGACAGCAAUGCAAUCUGAAUAAUUUGAAAAAUGCUGUACAAAUUAAAGACUGUAUAAUUACUGAUAGAAGUGUACAGUAGAAGUGGACCUUGUUAAUGGCACUUUGUGAAGAGAAAAAUGGUUUGUAGUUUUGGAAACAUUCAGCCAAGUUGGUUUCUGUUUGCUCUGAGCAAAUACUUAUCCGGACCAAAGUUUAUCAGAUUCUCUUGUUUGCCCUCUGGAUUGGAUUUUCUGCCGUAUCAGAUUUGUUUUAUUUACCAAUGUUUUACACCUGAUUAAAACACAUAACAGUUGAAUUAUCUUUCUACUGGCAGCUACUCACAGACUUCUCUGGUUGUGUAACUGUUGCUUUGAAACGAUACUUCUAUGGGCUAUAAUAAAUAUGCACAAUCACUGUUUGUAUGUACUGUAUAUACUGUAUAGUACAUCACUGUACAUGGUCAUGAUGAGAAAUAAAACUCCUUUCAAGUUCA